UACACACACACACACCGGAGAUGCAGAAUUCAGAUGUAGCAUUUUUCACACCGGAGAUGCAGAAUUCAGAUGUAGCAUUUUUCAUUUUGACUGUCACUCUUUCUUACGUUUUAUCCAAUGGGAAUUGCUGAUCAUUGUGCAGUUUUGGGCUGCAAUAAUGACCGACGAUAUCCAGAAAGAUAUGUCAUCAAAGAUUAUGUCAAAACACUAAAGUUCCACACAUGCAGGAAUAAGAAAAACUAUGCUCUCUGGACCAAACUACUCAAACGGCCAGAUUUCACAGUGAAAGAAUCAACAAAAGUCUGCAGUAACCACUUCAAAAAUGGCCAGCCCUUUCCCAUCGAUCCGCACCCGGUUUUGUUCAUGAACGGAUACGACACUCCUGAUGAGACCCCAAAAAGCACACCACCAGUAAAGGAGAAGCGAGCAUUGAACCUUCCUAGCCCACGGCCACCAAAGAGAAUCAGAACUUUGCCAUACGUUUUUAUAUACAAGUCCGUAGGUACUCAGGCUAAUCCCGAGGAAAUUGACGCAUUGGAUGACGGGCACAAAACGCUGGAGAACGAUCACAGUUACGUACAUCCCCCUUCCCCUAGUAACAAGCCAGCCAGUCAGGAAUAUGUGGCAUACCUUGAAGAUGAACUCGCUCGACUAAGCGACACCUGUGACAAACUCAGGCAAAGUCUAUAUAAAGCCAAGAUUGACCUGGAAAGACGUGAAACCGCGCAGGCCAAGGAGGCCAUGGCCUCUGUUGUCUCUGCCCUUGGUGCCCCUUUAAAAGUUACCAUUUGACUUUAAGAUUUCACGAU